AUGGUGGCCAGCCCACAGACGAUCAACCAGGCCAGCCCGUCGACCGAACGGGCCCGUGAUAAGGUAGGUGGUGAUGCAGGUGAAGCGACGCCCCAGGAACUGAGUCCACAACCACCCGAGGGCGUUGCUGGGGAGUUCGGAGAUCGAGACGACGAAGUGGCUGAGGAAGUAGUUGCUGGAGAGGACGCUGAUGCCCAGGAACACCAUCCCGUAGCAGAGGUAGCUGCACGCUCUGGGGGGUGUGGGGAAAUAUUGUUAAAGCCCUAUACUGGAAUUGGUGAUUCCUGUUCACCAAAGAUAUACAAAGAUUUAGUAACAGCUAUCCGCCAAAUACCUGACUUCAGAAUAGUCCCCCCCGUAACAUUAACUUCCCAUUUUCCAUUUCUCAUAGAAAACGGGAAUAGCCUUGCCCCCACAGCCGCUCGUCAUGUCACAACCUACCCCAUGAAGAAUAAUAUAAGGGCUCUGAGACGAAGCUUGGAGUACCGUGUAGCUUCCUUGAGAGACACUUCCCGUUCCUGCAGAUUCCAUAAGAUGUGCAAGUCCGAUUCCAGCUGCACCCGGGACAGGUCUUUUUUGCCGUUGAUGCGGGCCACCUGUGAGGGUAUUGAAGUGAGUAAGCGAAGCAGAGGAUGGACGGCACGCAGGACACGAGUGCCAAGUACUGCCAGUUGGGAAGGAGCCACGACACGAGGGACGUCAGACACAUGCCGAAGGUCCACGAGGCAAAGGACACGAGGGUCGCCGCCGUUCGCUUGUCCGGGGAAAGGAACUCCAAGCCUGAUCCGGUACAAAAUGAAGGACUUUGACGAGCUCAUGACAGUGGUGGGGAAUCACGGGCCUUAUCAGCGUUGGAUUCUGGGUGUCUUUGUCAUGCCCACCAGUUUCUUCAUUGGCGUGACGGUCAACCUCCUUUUGUUCCAAGUGGAAGUGCCAAAGCAUUGGUGCCACGUCCCUGGCAUUGAGAAUACUUCGCUCUCAGCGGAAGAAUGGAAAAACCUUACUAUACCUAGAGAAUCCGGCGAAUUCUCGAGCUGUUCCCGGUAUAAGGUGGAGUGGCAGCAUGACGGAGCAUUCGUUAUCAACAACAUUACUCAAGGCUGCGACCAAGGCUGGGAUCACGACAAGUCAGAGUUUGAGGAGACGAUGGCAACCACGAACGAGUGGUUUUGCGAACGAGAAGACUACACCAACCACGUGUAUUCCCUCACAUCAGCGGGUAAUACCAUCGGGACUAUAAUAUUACCCGUGAUAGCAGAUAGAUAUAUAGGUCGCCGGCUGAUGUUCUUCGUGGUUCUCGCUGUUCACGCAAUUUUCACACUGCCAGUUGCAUGGACGACCAACUACGGGCUGCUCCUCUCAUUGAAGUUCUUUGCAGGAUUAGCAUUUGAGACAGUCAAUAUGAUGUCCUAUAUUACUGGUAUAGAGUUCCUCGCCCCAGAACGACGCAAUACAGGUUGUUUACUUACGUUCCUUGGUUGGACUUUUGGCACGUGUCUGACCUCACUGAUAGCUUGGCUGAUUCCCGACUGGCGCUAUCUGGCAAUGAUCUCUUGCUUACCGGCGACUUGUGGUUUUCUUUACUGGAGAUACCUUCCAGAGUCCCCUCGCUUCCUUUUGUCUAAGGGGAAAAUAAGUGAGUGUGCCACCGUCCUUUUGCAGAUAGCCAAAAAGAACAAGAAGACUGGAGUGUCACGCGCGCAGCUGGAGGCUGAGCUGAGCAUCUUGUGGAGCCGACAGGAGAAAGAGGUGUCACUCCUUGAAGCCCUACGUUACCCGAAGCUCCGUGUGAGGAUGCUCAUGCUCUUUGUGAUGAGCGGCUGCCUCUUCCUGACCUACAACGUGGUGUUCCUCGGAGUGACGGUCCUCUCGAGCAACUUCUUCCUGAGCCACUUCGUCUUGUCCAUCUCGGAGCUCCCAAGCAACGGGCUCGGCUGGGUCUGGACGCACUACCUCGGCCGCCGGUUCACCUGCAUCGCCACCUUCCUCUCGACGGGCGCCUUCUGCGUUGCGGCGACGUUCUGUCUGGAAGAUAAAUGGGCGAUGCUGGCCAUAGCGUCGUGCAUCAGGCUCUUCUCCACACAGCUCAUAUACAUCGCGACCAUGCAGAGUGCAGAGAUCUUCCCCACCCCGAUAAGAUCCACUGCCUUCGCCUGGAUGGUCGUGUGUGGGUUGGGAGCGGCGAUAGCGACCCCUUAUAUUCUUCAUUCGGGCUUCGGAGACGCUUUUCCCUACUGGUUCCUCUCGGCACUCAUGCUCCUGUGUGCCACCCUGGGUGCCUUCCUCCCAGAGACUAUCGGCCUACCCCUUCCCCAGACCUUCCGAGACUCCGAGGAACUGGGCAAGGGACGACCUCUCACGACCUGGAUCCACCACUGGAACCACCACAAGUACGUUCCAGCCUCGCCUGAGGAACCUAACAAUCAGGAACUCAGGAGCUUUCAAUAAAUAGGAAGAGAA